AUGACAACAAAUAAUCCAGUCUGUGCAUCAGAUGCACACAUGGAAAUGUACUCCUCAAAACUCUACACAUCUGCACUUUUCCUCAAUCUAAUAAUAGCGACUACUUCGAUGAUUUUAACAGGAUUUGCUAUUCAAAAGUUAUUUAUGGAGUCAAUUAUUAAUAUUUCAACUAGAAUGUUCUUAUUUUGUGGGCUCAUGUGUUGCUCAUUGCACCAAACUGCGUAUAUAGUUUUGAGGAUUCAAGUGAUCUAUCAAGUUUUUUUUAAGCUCAGUGAGCCAUGUAAUCUUUACUAUCCAGCGAUUGACUGCAAGUAUGUCACUUUUAGUCUUGUCGCUGGAAACACUGGAAUGAUUUUUAUACAAUCCGCAAUGACUAUUGAUCGAAUUUUUGCAACGAUUUUCCCGAAGCUAUGGCCGAAGUUGAAGUACUGGCCGGGAGUAGUUUUGUCAAUAUUGAUGAUCGCAUGCAAUUACGCUAACGUACAAAUCAUAUUCUGGGGAGAUCCACUGACGGAAUACGUGCCAACUUGUGGACAAUUCCCAUCGAAAUCUGUUAACAGAUUCCAAACAUUUCUAGCCAUUGCACUUUAUAUGUCAAUUGCUCAUAUGGUAAUAAAUGUAAUUAUUCUUUACAUUAAUGUUCUACAGGAUCGACAGCAGAGUAAAUCGUUUAACGUUAAUCAGAGAUAUCAGUCUAGAGAAGCAUUGAAAUCUUCACAAGCGAUUUUCUUCCUUUCAAUGUCGCAGUUUUUUGCAUGCCUGAUAUAUUCGGUCUUUACAAAAGUGUUUCUGGAAUUUCAGCUCAAUCUUUCCCCGUUACAAUCUGGUCUGGUCUUGGCACUGAGCUAUACAACACCAUACGCUUGCAUUGCAAUUCCAUCGCUUAUAAUCUUUACUUUCCGAUUCAUAAAAAAUCAACGAUUACGGAAUAUAAACGAACUGAGAUCACAAACUGAAACCGGCGACGAGUGUAUGAGAAAGAUUGCCAAGAUUUGGGAGAAAUAA